UUUCAAGAAAUGGCCCUCGCACAUUCUUGGAAGCUUCUCACUUCAUCAUUUGUGCUGCUACAGCUCUGCGCUUCUCUAGCUGCAGCGAGAACGGCCCCUCAUGCAUCGAUGAUCGAGAGGCAUGAGAAAUGGAUGGUGGAGAACGGACGUGUGUACAAAGAUGAGGCGGAGAAGGUGAAGAGAUUCAAUAUCUUCAAGGAGAACGUUGAGUACAUCGAGUCCUUUAACGAAGCAGCUUCAAGGCCUUACAAGCUUGCUGUUAACAGAUUUGCUGAUCUCACCAAUGCUGAAUUUCAAGCAUCUAGAAAUGGAUACAAGAUGGUUUCUCCUUUAAAGCCGUCUAAGGCUUCUUCGUCGUUUAGGUAUGCAAAUGUGAGUGCGCCACCGACAAGCAUAGACUGGAGGAAGAAAGGAGCUGUUACUGCUGUUAAGGAUCAAGGCCAAUGUGGAUGUUGCUGGGCAUUUUCAGCAGUUGCAGCCACGGAAGGAAUCAACCAAAUUAAGACAGGGAAACUUGUUUCUCUAUCAGAACAACAACUUGUUGACUGCGACACGAGUGAAGAUCAAGGCUGCAAUGGUGGAUUAAUGGACGAUGCGUUUCAGUAUAUCAUUAGCAACAAAGGCCUCACAACAGAAUCCAACUACCCUUACCAAGGAGUCGAUGGCACUUGCAACUCGAAGAAGGAAUCAUCUGAUGCGGCCAAGAUCAGCGGGUACGAGGAUGUGCCAUCCAACAGGGAAUCAGCGCUUCUGAAAGCAGUGGUGAAUCAACCGGUAUCUGUGGCCAUUGAUGCUAGUGGAUCAGACUUCCAGUUCUACUCGAGUGGAGUCUUCACCGGAGAGUGUGGGACCGAACUAGACCAUGGUGUGACUGCAGUUGGGUAUGGGGUGGAUAGUGAUGGCACCAAGUAUUGGAUUGUGAAAAACUCAUGGGGCACAAGCUGGGGCGAGGAUGGAUACAUUAGAAUGCAGAGGGAUGUUGGAGCGGCAGAAGGCCUUUGUGGCAUUGCCAUGGAAGCUUCUUAUCCAACUGCUUGAACAAGUUUGUGCAAGCUCAUUAUAAAAGUCAUGUGUAUAUGGAUU